AUUUUCCUCUCCCUCCUUCCCUUACUCUCUUCGAGAAAAUUCAAAUCCUGCACACACGAAAUUCAGCCAAACACUCUGCAAUUUCCCCGAACAAUACGAAAUGGAAUCGAGCUCAGCAGAUCUCAGCGACUGAUCUCAAAACCAGAGCGUUCUCUCAUGGAGACUAAACGCCACUCUCCCUACUCCGUCUCCAUGCUUCCUUCCAUAUCCGUUUUGUUACUCUGCUCGGUUCUGAUCGCCUCUGCCUACUACUUUUGCUCCUACGACUCUAGCUCGCUUGACCUUCUCCACUUCGCUCCCCGUUCUCAAUUCGAAUCGUCCGGUGAAGGCAGCCGCAGCAGCGCCGCCGCCUCUGUUUUCCCCGUCGUUGAGCUUCGGACGAAGGUGAUCACCUCAAAUCAAAUCCAAGCCGUCCGCUCUGCUGCUCGCUCGGCCGACGGCUCCGCCGUCGUCAUCAACCGCCUCAGAAGGAACGCCACGAGUAGCAGCAGUACUACUGCAGCUGCAAUUGAUCUGAAGAGGAAAAGUCGAAAACCGAUCAGCAGAGGAGAAGAGCUGGAGCGAGGACUUGCUCGAGCUCGAGCUUCAAUCAGGAGAGCAGCUAUGGCAGCGGAUCAUCAAAAUUCAUCUAUCGGUAGAGUCGAGGAAUUCAUCGGCGGAAGCGUUUAUCGCAACUCCAGAGCGUUUUACCAGAGUUACGUGGAGAUGGAGAAGAGGAUGAAGGUGUACGUGUACAAGGAAGGGGAGCCACCAAUAGUCCACGACGGGCCGUGCAAGGACAUAUACACCAUAGAAGGCCGGUUCAUCCACGAGAUGGAGCACGGUGCGGGCAAGUUCAGGACGGAAGACCCGGAGCGGGCGCACGUCUACUUCAUGCCCUUCAGCGUGACGUGGAUGGUGAAGUAUCUCUACACCCCACUCUCUUACAACCUCACGCCACUUAGGCACUUCGUGGCGGAUUACGUUUCAGUCAUCUCCACCAAGCAUCCCUUCUGGAACCGGACCCUCGGCGCUGACCACUUCAUGCUCGCUUGCCAUGAUUGGCAGGGGCCCCACGCGUCGAGAGGCAGCCCACUCCUCAACCACAACUCAAUCCGCGUCCUCUGCAACGCCAACACCUCCGAAGGCUUCACCCCGCGAAAAGACGUCAGCCUACCCGAAAUCCACCUCUACGGCGGCAACAUCCCCACCCAGCUCCGCUCCCCGCCGCCGCCCUCCUCCCACCGCCCCCACCUCGCCUUCUUCGCCGGCGGCCUCCACGGCCCGAUCCGCCCCAUCCUCCUCCGCCACUGGAAGGACCGAAACGACACCGACCUCCGCGUCUUCGAGUACCUCCCCAAGGCCUCCCCGCUCGACUACCACACCUUCAUGCUCCGCUCCAAGUUCUGCCUCUGCCCCAGCGGCCACGAGGUCGCCAGCCCCAGGAUCGUCGAGGCCAUCUACGCCGAGUGCGUCCCCGUCAUCCUGUCCGAGAGCUACGUCCUGCCCUUCAGCGACGUCCUGCGGUGGGAGGCGUUCUCCGUGCAGGUCGGAGUGUCGGAGAUUCCGAGGCUGAAGGAGAUUCUCGGCGGGAUUGGUGAGAGGGAGUAUUUGAGGCUGAAGAGUGGGGUGAGGAGUGUGAGGAGGCAUUUCGUGCUCAACCAGCCUGCCAAGAGGUUUGAUGUCUUCCACAUGAUCCUGCACUCCGUUUGGCUUAGGAGACUUGAUCUGAAAAACCUAGUUGCCUGACCUAGCCAUCUAGCAGACUAGCACUAGUGGCCUUGUUAUUUUUCUGGUGGAGAACAGAGUGUUGAUAUUGUAGAAACUAGAAAGUAUUCCUAAACGUACGUCGUCUAAUGCAUGCGUGCAGGUUAAUUAGCGAUAAAUUUUCCUUGUUUGUUUCCUUUAGUUCUAUAUAAGGUAAGGAGCUGGGAUAUGGCGAUUAAUAUGGUUUGUAUACCAAACGAGUUGUAGAGAAAAGUAUGAAGAGGUGAUGUAGUUAGCAAAUUGGAAAGUAUGUGACAGUGUGGCAUAUGUUCUUUUCCCCCCUUUCUGUUUCUCAUCAACAACUAUAUUUCUAGUGAGAUUGACUAGCAGCGAAUUGGCACUACGAUACCAUCGUGAC